AAACAGUCAAGCAAAAAGAUAUCUAUUGCUAGAUAUAUAUUUAACGUCCGGGAUUUACAAAAAAACAAACUAGUUUAAACAUGGCAAGCGUCAAAAGCCCGGUAAAAAUUGAAAAUUUUCUCCAGUUUUCGGCGAGAACCUUACAAGGUGAGAAGAUAGAUUUCAGUCAGUAUGAGGGGAAGGUGAUCCUGGCGGUGAAUGUGGCUUCCCUCUGAGACACCACCAAGAGGGACUACCCGAUGAUGAACCAGCUCGUCGAAAAAUUCGCGGGGAAGCUGGUGGUUCUCGGGUUUCCCUCCAACCAGUUCGGACACCAGGAAAACGGGAAUGGGGCAGAAAUUUUGAACACUCUGAAAUACGUUCGGCCAGGUGAUGGAUUCGAACCAAACUUUCCUGUCUUUGAAAAACUAGAAGUGAAUGGUGAAAAGGCUCAUCCCAUCUUUAAAUUUCUGAGAGACAGACUUCCCAUUCCUAGUGACGAGGCGACAUCGUUUAUGUCUAACGCCAGCAAGAUUAUCUGGGCUCCCGUAACAAGGAGUGAUAUCGCGUGGAACUUCGAGAAAUUCUUGAUAACCCCGGACGGGAAGCCGUACCGACGAUACAGUAGAUACUAUAUAAUGACGAACAUUCAGAGCGAUAUUAAGAAACUUAUAGACGAAUACAACGUAAAAUAGUGUUCAAUUUUCUGUGUGUCAUUUAAAUUAUUUAAGUACAUCAAGCAUUUUCUACAUGGGUAAAGGUGAUGUUUAAUGACUGUUCUUCUAUAAAACUCGUUUAUUUGAAGAUAGAAGAACAUGAUAUUUAUUGACAUCUGUCUUUCUCCAUAUAUAAAAUCUUGUUUUGUACAAUUUUGAAAUAAAUAUUGUGC